CUUCCCACACAGAUUUGAAGCUCACCUUCUCCCGUAAGAGUACUGCUCCUCCUACCACAGACCGGGAAGUCACCCGAGGGAGUGGGGAGCACUGCCCUGCCCACCCCCCACUCUCUGAGCACCGGCUUAGCGGAUGUCAUAUUUUGCCUCGCCUCGGUUUUUCUCCUUCCUUUCUUGGUGUCUCUCUCAGGGUCCAUUAGCUCCCCCAGAGUUUGCUGGAUAGAUUUUCCUCAACUGUCCAUCCUUAAUCCUCAUUGAGAUUGAAUUUUCCAUACCCCCGCCUACCCCACCCCUGUGGAUCCAGGCAGGACCCUUCAGUUUGCUUGGUUCAUUUCUCAGCCUUCCCCGAGGCCUUGCUGUUUCAGAGCUAGAGCAACUUUCCUUGUCUUAACAUUGUCACCUCCCUCCCCAAUACACACAGUCCCUGACUUACUUACCAUGGCUUGAUUUUCAGGUUUUCAACUUGAAGAUGAUGUGAAAGCAAUGCACAUUCAGUAGAAGCUGUACUUUGAAUUUUGAAUUUGGAUCUUCUCUCAGGUUUGCGAUAAUGUGGUAUGAUCAUCUGUGGUGAUGCUGGGCAGCCACAGCUCCCAGACAGUUACGCGAUCCCGAGGGUAAACGGUACACUCCAAACCAUUCUGGUUUUCACUUCCAGUACAGUAUUUGGUAAAUCGUAAGGAAUCUCAACACCUUAUUAUAAAAUAAACGUUGGUUAGAUGAUUUUGCCCAACCGUGGGCUAAUAGAAAUGUUCUAAGCAUUUAGGUAGGCUAGGCUAUGAGGUAUACUAAGUGCAUUUUCGACUUAGGAGGUUUUCAAUUUAAGAUGGGUUCCAUCAGUACAUAACCUCAUCGUAAGUCAAGGAAGAACUGUGUAUAUCUGAAAAGAGGCACAGUCAAAAGGUGGAACAGCAUCAAUGUAGUAAUACUAAAAUCUCAACUUCCCCAGAAGACAUUAUCAUGCCUAGAGUACUUUUCUGGGGUUACAGACAGGGGAAUCCCCUCAUCUACUAGUUUCCACACAAUGGCAGGCACAGCACCACCUCUCAGCCCCACCUCCUUACCUGAAAGUGGCCCCAAAUCCCCUCUGAAAGGGUAAGGUUCAUAUAUCAGCAUAACAACCCAUGAGACAUGGAGAAGGUAUGGAAGUCUUAGAUGAAAUGUCUUCAAUGAGGCAGAACCAGGUGUCCCCAGUACAAAACAGCUGGAAAGGCCCUCCCCAAACCCCUAUUUUGGAUUAGACCAGCCCCAGGCAUGAACUAAGAUUGUCCACAGCAUUUGGAUUAGUCAUGGCAGUGAAGAGAAGACCUACAGCACAGGCUGUGCCUGGCAGGGAGUCUGGAGUUUCUGGUUUCCAAGUUCUAGAAGGCAUGAGCCAGGGGAGGGGCCUGCUUGUAGGGGGAGGGCGGGAAUCUGGGCCAGGGCCCCAGUCAGCUAUGCAAGGCGGCGCAAGCAGAGGCAACACCGAAUGGGAGGAGGAUCCCAACAGCCUCCUGAAGCUCAAGAGGAGCUACUCCAGCUUUGGCCACCUAAGACAGCACUCCUCCAGAUUAUAAUUUCCAUUUGCCAUCCUGAGGCCUCUGCUUAUACUGUACCCAAAGGAUGGAACAACUACUGGGAGUAAAAAUUGGUUGCCUGUUUGCCCUGCUGGUUCUCACUCUGGUCUGUGGCCUUACUCCCAUCUGCUUCAAAUGGUUCCAGAUUGAUGCAGCCACAGGUCGUCACCGCCGGGUCCUCAGCCUCCUGGGCUGCACUUCUGCAGGUGUUUUCCUGGGAGCGGGGUUCAUGCACAUGACUGCUGACGCCCUGGAGGGAAUUGAAUCAGAGAUCCAGAAGUUUAUGAUGCAGAACAGGACAGAAAGGGAGGGAAGUGUUUCUGGUGAUGCUGAUUCUGCACAGAUGGAGUAUCCCUAUGGAGAGCUCAUCAUCUCCCUGGGCUUCUUUUUUGUCUUCCUUUUGGAGUCACUGGCAUUGCAGUGCUAUCCUCGGGCUGCUGGAGGAGUCACAGUGCAGGAGGAGUGGGGCGAGGCUCAUGUCCUUGGAAUCCACAGCCACGGACCUCUUCCCUCCCCCUCAAAGGGUCCCCUCCGAGCCCUGGUCCUCUUGCUCUCCCUCUCCUUCCACUCAGUGUUUGAAGGCCUGGCUGUGGGGCUGCAGCCAACAGUAGCAGCUACCGUGCAACUCUGUCUCGCUGUCCUGGCUCACAAGGGGCUCAUAGUGUUUGGUGUAGGACUGCGGCUCGUGCAGAUAGGCACUGGGUCGCGAUGGGCCAUGUUGUCCAUCCUGUCAUUGGCUCUCAUGUCCCCCCUGGGCCUGGUCCUGGGGCUGGCUGUAACUCAGGGGGACUCUAAAGGGGGACGAGGCUUAAUCCAGGCUGUGUUAGAAGGUGUGUCAGCGGGCACCUUUCUGUAUGUCACCUUCCUAGAAAUUCUGCCCCGGGAGCUAGCUGGCCCUGAGGCUCCUCUGGCCAAGUGGGGCUGUGUAGCUGCUGGUUUUGCCUUCAUGGCCAUUAUUGCCUUGUGGGCCUGAGAGAUUCCUGAUUCUUCUGAUGGACCUAUCUACAAUGGCCUUCCUACCCCUGGGAGACACUUCCCAGAUGGCUUUGGCCCUCAGAUACUUCUCCACGGAGACAGUGAUGUUCACUAGGCAUUGUCCACAUGAACUGGACCCCAGCUUUUUCCUACAUGAGAACCCAUUUCUCAUCCAGGACUGAGAAAAGGAUGUUUAAGUUGAGUGCCUAUAAAUUGGAGAAUUGAUAUAAAGACUAUCACUCUAGAUUUGACUCUUGUCCCAUUUAUGCUACUGUGAAUAAUAAAAUGUCCAUUUUACCCUUUGCCUUCA